ACUGAGUAUGUACUGUAUACUGCAUACUACUGAGUAUGUAGUGUAUACUGCAUACUACUGAGUAUGUACUGUAUACUGCAUACUGCGUUGGUUAGUAGUAUGUAGUAGGCGGUUUCGAAUACAGUAUAAUCCCGCUUCGUGUUUUUGCUAAACACUACAGUACAUUCUUUUAUUUUGAAAAAUCCCAGCGGAUGUUGAUAGAUGUUCCUACAGUCCUGUACCUCCUCAUGCUCCUGUCCUGUCCAGAGUUCAGUGAAAGACCUCGCAGGGACACAACGUAACCUCUCAUCCACCUGGUGACUUGACACAGCGUGAGAUAGCUUUACGACAGCAAUAAUGUCAGUGAAGAAUGCCAAGCCCAACUUCAGUCACUCUCAGGUGGUUGAGAUGGUGAAGAGGCUCUUCAGGCUGACGCCUUCAGAAAUCCGCUCUCUGCCGAGCUACGAUGACCAGAACUUCUACGUGGCGCCUGUCGAGGGAGGCGAGUACCUCCUGAAGAUAAUGAACUCACAAGACAGUAAGAACCCCUCCCUGAUUGAGAUGCAGACGUACGCCAUGUCCUUCCUGCACCAGAAUGGACUUCCUGCCCAAACGGCCCUGCCCACCGCCUCAGGACAGCUCAUGAGUCUGGAAGAAAUAGAUUGCGGCUAUGGCUGUCAGCGGUACCUAGUGAGGCUGCUGACUUAUUUGCCUGGAGUCACUAUUUCCAAGGUUCCUUUAACACCACAGUUGCUGUAUGAAACCGGCAAGAUAGCAGCGAGAAUGGACAAAAGCCUACAAGAGAUGGAGCAUCCUAAACUCAGCAUACUGCAGAGAGAGAAGUUCCUAUGGAGCCUGUCAAGUAUUCCCCGCCUGGAAGAAUUCAUCCAUGUAUUAGAUGGAGAUCCUCUUGAGGAGGUUGUGAAGUCUGUCAUUCAUCAGUACAAGACCUCUGUGGUCCCUAACCAUUUCCGCAAGUGCAUUAACCAUGGCGACUUCAAUGACCUCAAUGUGCUUGUACAACCUGAUGAGAACGGCGGCCACAGGAUUUCUGGCAUCCUUGACUUUGGGGACAUGAACAGCGGCUACUUCAUCUAUGAGCUCGCCAUCGCCAUCAUGUACAUGAUGUUGGAGCACCCUAAACCCAUAGAGGUGGGUGGACCCAUCCUCGCGGGCUGGGAAAGUGUCCUUCCCCUCAACAAGGCAGAGAAAGAUUGUCUGUAUUUGCUGGUACUGUCCCGCCUCUGCCAGUCGUUGGUUUUAGCCCGUCACUCUGUGACCUUGCAUCCGGAAAACGCAGAUUAUGUGAUGAUUUCAGCCAGGAACGGCGUCCACAUUCUCGAUGAGCUCUGGAAGCUUGGAAAGGAGCAGGUGCAGGAGGUGUGGUUUCAGAGUGCUGCUCAAUUCAGUGACAGAAAGUGAGAGAUAUGUUAGGAAAGCCAUUCAAAACUCACAAUAGAGUGAUUCCAUUUUUCCAACCUUUUGUCCAUAUCAAGUAUAAUUUUGAGCUCAUCAGUUAAAAACAAUGAAUUGUGUUUUUACAUUAAAAACGCAACACAUCAUUUGACUCAUAUUGCAGUAGGAAUACUGCAGUGUGUCUGAAUCAGAGAUUGGUAAGGUAGCAAAAGGAUGUAUUGAUAUACUAUGCUAUAUACUUAUUACUAUACUCUAUAGUAACAAUGGAUCAUGUACUAUAAAAGCUAUGCACAUUCAACAACAUAACAGAGAAAGGGAAAGAAAGCCUUCAGGGAAACGUGCUGUAAAGGGAGUAAUUCAUCGUGAAGGGUUAUUUCUGUCAACCCUAACUGACCAAUCAUUACAUUUAAGAAACAGAAUCAUGUUUAAUAAGUGCCUAAAGUCAUGAGGGUUUCUUUACUCCAGUGGACUUGUGGACUUUGGUGCUCCUCUGUAUGUUUAUAAGCCACUUGGUUGGACAUUGAAUUAAUUUGAUUACAUAUUUGACAAAGCCAGAGGUGGUUUAAUAAAAGCACAUCAGCCUAA